CAGCAGGAGAGCAGCCAUUUCCUGCUCUCUCUGUCUCCUUUCCCGUUCAGCGUUGCCCUUGCCGCUUACUGGGAAACAUGUCGACGAACCUCCAGACGAUGACGGAUCCCACCAAGAUGGGCCUGGGACGCUCCAUAGCCGUGCUAACAUCUGGAGGAGACGCCCAAGGUAUGAAUGCUGCUGUGAGAGCCACAGUCAGAGUAGGUCUCUACACUGGAGCCAAAGUCUACUUUGUUCAUGAGGGCUACCAGGGCCUGGUGGAUGGAGGAGAAAAUAUUCGGCCUGCUACAUGGGAGAGUGUUUCCAUGAUGCUUCAGCUGGGAGGAACAGUCAUCGGCAGUGCACGCUGCAAAGACUUUAGAGCCAGGGAAGGCCGUAUGAAAGCGGCCUGCAACCUGGUCAAGCUCGGAAUUACCAACCUUUGUGUCAUCGGAGGCGACGGCAGCCUGACCGGGGCCAAUGAGUUCAGGACAGAGUGGAGCGGACUGCUGGCCGACCUGCGCCGAGCUGGUAAGAUAACGGAUGAAGAAACCAAAAAGUCCUCCCAUCUCAACAUUGUGGGGAUGGUGGGCUCCAUCGACAAUGACUUCUGCGGUACCGACAUGACCAUUGGCACGGACUCUGCCCUGCACCGCAUCAUUGAGGUGGUGGAUGCCAUCACCACAACUGCACAGAGCCACCAGAGGACCUUCAUCCUGGAAGUGAUGGGAAGACACUGUGGGUACCUGGCACUGGUGUCGGCUUUGGCCUGCGGCGCAGACUGGGUGUUCAUUCCAGAGAUGCCACCAGAUGACGGCUGGGAGGAACACUUGUGCAGGAGACUAGCAAAUCAACGGGCCAGAGGUUCUCGUCUGAAUGUGAUCAUCGUCGCUGAGGGUGCCAUAUCCAGAGAUGGCAAAAUCAUUUCAUCAGACCACAUUAAGAAGCUGGUCACUGACAGACUUGGCUUUGACACACGGACCACCGUCCUUGGACACGUACAGAGGGGAGGGACGCCCUCUGCUUUCGACAGAAUCUUGGGCAGCAGAAUGGGGGUUGAGGCGGUGAUGGCUCUUCUGGAGGCCACACCAGACACCCCGGCCUGUAUCGUCAGCCUGUCUGGUAACCAGGCAGUUCGGCUGCCACUCAUGGAGUGUGUGCAAGUGACCAAAGAUGUGACAGCUGCCAUGGCUGAAGGCCGAUUCGAGGAUGCUAUCAAGCUCAGGGGAAAGAGCUUUGAGAACAACUGGAACACAUACAAGCUGCUGGCCCAUAUUAACCCCCCCGAUGUUAAAAGUAACAUCAAUGUGGCCAUCAUAAAUGUCGGCGCUCCGUGUGCUGGAAUGAAUGCAGCCGUGCGUGCAGCUGUCAGGAUGGGUAUCAUCCAAGGUCACAACAUGCUGGCCGUCCACGACGGCUUUGACGGCCUUGCCCAUGGACAGAUUGAGCCUAUCAACUGGACUUCAGUGAGUGGCUGGACUGGCUUGGGAGGCUCAAAUUUGGGCACUAAGAGAACACUUCCAGGUAAACUGGUGGAGGAAAUCACCCAGAACAUUGCAAAGUUUAACAUCCACGCCUUGGUGAUCAUCGGAGGAUUUGAGGCCUACGUAGGAGGUCUGGAGAUGGUUCAGGCCCGAGAGAAAUACGAGGAGGCGUGCAUCCCCAUGGUCGUGAUCCCCGCCACCGUCUCCAACAAUGUCCCUGGCUCCGAUUUCAGCAUCGGCGCUGAUACCGCUCUAAACACCAUCACCUCUGUUAGUGUUUGGACAAGCAACACACACACACUCACAACCUUUAGGUGCUCAUUCACAAACUGCUUACAGACAUGCGACAGAAUCAAGCAGUCAGCAGCGGGGACCAAACGUCGCGUGUUCCUCGUCGAGACGAUGGGAGGCUACUGCGGCUACUUAGCCACCAUGGCCGGGCUCGCGGCCGGGGCAGACGCUGCCUAUAUAUUUGAGGAGAAAUUCAACAUUAAAGACCUGGAGGGAAAUGUUGAGCAUCUUGUGGAGAAGAUGAAGACGACAGUGAAAAGAGGCUUGGUUCUCAGGAACGAAAACUCAAACGCCAACUACACCACGGAUUUCAUUUUCAACUUGUACUCCGAGGAGGGUAAAGGUGUCUUUGACUGUCGCAAGAAUGUGCUAGGACACAUGCAACAGGGUGGCACCCCAACGCCUUUUGACAGAAACUUUGGGACAAAGAUGGGUGCCAAGUCUGUGCUAUGGCUGACGGAAAAGCUCAAAGAGUGCUACAGGCAUGGUCGCAUCUUUGCCAAUACACCCAAUUCUGCCUGCGUGCUGGGCAUGCGGAAGAGGGCACUCACCUUUCAGCCACUGGCUGAACUUAAGGGAAACACGGACUUCGAGCACCGCAUUCCAAAGACGCAGUGGUGGCUGAAGAUACGGCCCAUCAUGAAGAUCCUGGCCAAGUACAACAUCAAGCUGGACACGUCAGAGCAUGCUGAUAUGGAGCAUGUGAUCAAGAAGAGAAGCCCCCUCUCCAGCUAGGGGUCACCGACAAAUUAAUAUUCAACUCAUCUUCAUAAUCUUAUCUUAUGUACUGUAUUCAGAUGCAGCCUCAGAGAACAAAAGAAAGAUUAAACUCUUAAAAAAUG